UAGAAAUUUCCAACAUUUUGUCUCUACCUUUUGACUAAAUUGUUAUCGAUUUUUUUGUGGUCAUGCUUAGCUAGCUGAACAGGUUUCUUGUGAAAAGUUUGGUUUUUUGAUUAUUCUAAUCUCGGUUGUUGAUCUCUUCUCAUAAGGGGUUCUUUACUUGUGGAUGUAAGAUAAACCAGUAUAAAAAAAAUGAUAGCAGCUAUUUCGUGGAUUCCCAAAGGGGUUGCAAAGUCGGUACCAGCUGAGGCUGAGCCCCCUUCAAAGGAGGAAAUUGAGGAGAUUCUGAAGAGUGGUCUUCUUGAUAAACGUGAAAAUAGUGACGAUGAGGAAGCUGAAGAAGAAAUGAAUGUUGAUGAAUCCAAGGAAAAUGAGGAUGAUGAAAUUGCUGUUGCGUUAGCUGCUGCUGAUGCACUUGGAAAGGCAACAAAAGUUGGUUCUGUAGGAACUGAUGACAUAACAGAUGGUUUAAAGGAAUUGGACAUGGACAACUAUGAUGACGAGGAGGAUGGCAUUGAGCUUUUCGGUUCAGGACUUAAAGACUUGUACUACCCAAGUAAUGACAUGGACCCAUAUCUCAAGGAUAAGGACAAUGACUCUGAAGAUGAUGACGACAUGAUAAUAAGACCUGAUGAUUCUGUUAUAGUUUGCGCAAGCAAUGAGGAUGAUGUCAGUCAGCUUGAGAUAUGGAUUUUGGAAGUUUCAUCAGAUGGUGAAACAAACAUGUAUGUUCACCAUUGUAAUAUUAUACCUGCCUUUCCUCUCUGUACAGCAUGGCUCGAUUGCCCUGUUAAAGGCGGCGAGAAAGGUAACUUCAUAGCUGUGGGCUCAAUGGAACCAGCAAUAGAAAUUUGGGAUAUGGACAUCAUGGAUGAGGUGCAACCAUCUGUAAUUUUAGGUGGCAUUGCUGAUAUAAAGAAAAAGGGUAAAAAGAAAUCUAUCAAAUACAAGAAGGAUAGCCAUUCAGAUUCAGUACUUGGUCUUUCUUGGAACCAGGAAUAUAGGAAUAUACUUGCCAGUGCUAGUGCUGAUCAUACAGUCAGGGUUUGGGAUGUGACUACCGAAGCUUGUAAUCUCAUUGAGGACCAUACUGACAAGGUUCAAGCAGUUGCAUGGAAUCCAUUUGCACCACAGAUUCUUCUGAGCGGGUCAUUCGAUCAUACAGUUUGCUUGAAGGACGGUAGGAAACCUUCUCACAGUGGAUUUAAGUUUCCAGUUGCCGCUGAUGUUGAAAGCUUGGCUUGGGAUCCACAUUCUGAGCAUUCGUUUGUGGUCAGCUUGGAGAAUGGUACAGUUACUAGUUUUGACCUCCGCGCUGCUAGUUCUGGUACGACUUCAGAGACAAAGCGAAGGUUCACCAUCCAUGCUCAUGAUAAAGCAGCGUCCUCGUUGUCCUUUAAUCCUCUAGUUCCAAAUCUUCUUGCAACUGGUUCCACAGACAAGAUGGUUAAAUUAUGGGAUUUGACCAACAAUCAACCUUCUUGCAUUGCAUCUAGGAAUCCAAAAGCUGGAGCUGUCUUCUCUGUAUCCUUCUCAGAUGAUUGCCCCUUUUUGCUUGCUGUUGGUGGCUCUAAAGGGAAAUUGCAGCUAUGGGAUAUUGCGUCAGAAGAUUCCGUGUUGAAGAAAUAUGGGAAAUACGUUGCACAAAAAAGGCCGUCGCCACCCAAAUCAUAAUGUAAAUGUAGCUUUCAAGGUAUUUGUUGAAUUCUAUAGUGAAAGUGUUAGCUAGUCUGUCAAUUUUGAUCUGCGGUUUAGUAUAUACACUAUUAUAUACUUUUAUACAAGGUUGAUACAUUAUGUUUAAUGCUUUCUUCCAAGUAUAAUGUUGUAUAAUAUUCUAUAUUGGGCUACGUGGCCUAAUAUUUUAUAUUGGGCUGUGUAUUUUUGAAUAUUUACCCGUUUAUGUUUCCAGUCGGAUUGGCGACUUUUUGCUGGUACGGAUAUUUAGUGAAUUGGGUUUAUCUUGUACUGCUUUGAUCGUUAAUUAUUACUCCAUUAAUAAUGUUAUACGACUUGGUGAGCUCUGCGCAAUGGGUUGGCUUGUGUUGUUUUUUGAGAUUUUUAUAUUAGGUAGUGUUUGAUUAAUUGCUUGUAUGGUCCUGUUGAUCGAUGCUCGAGCUUUAUCUAAUUGAAAUAUAUGCUAGUGUUUCACUGUUUAAGUUAUGAAUUUAGGGGCCGUUUGGUUGUUGGUUAGGAAGUGAAUUAUUCAUGUAUUAGGACCUGCCUAACUAGUGUCAUAUUUUUGGUUGAAUUUUAGUUGCUAUGUAUAAAAUUCAAUACACUGAGUACGGUGGUUUGGUUAACAAUUUACAAUCUCGCAUAACUAAAAAAUAUAUAAGUUAUGAGUUAAUUUAUGUAUUAGUUUAUGCAUGGUAGAAGACGGAAUAACUAAUGCAUUACUAAUACUUAAACGACCCCUUAGAGCUAUUGAGCUGCAGGAUGUAAGCUGAUGAAUCAAGUUUUUGAUAUCUUUGCUGAAUAAGUUGAGUUAGAUAAAAAGAUUAUAAAAGGAAAAAACUGACAUACACAUGAAUAAAAGUUUAAACUUUAUUUCUUGGUCAAUGUUGUUGAUAGUAUAGGUAGUAGCACAUGUUGCAGAAGUGCUGAAUGUCUUAUACUCUUGGUAUAAUUCUUGAUUGCUCUGUGUUUUGGUAGAUAUUUGGUUCCAAGAUGUUGAAUUAUCUGUAACUGUUACUGGAUUGUGUGAUUGAAAUAUGGGAGUCUGAGAUCCCAGGUUUGACUCCCAGGCACAACACUCUAAGUUUGUGUGUGAGUUUAUAUGCUCCAGGCUUGGUGGAUUGGAUUACCUGUCACCUGUGCUUUUGGUGUUAUAGCAGGCUACCCGGUGGUUAGUCGAUGUGCGUGCAAGUUAGUCGAGUUACUGCUGUCAUCCAAUUUUUUGUAAUCAUUCGUGUCUUUCUUUGAAUGAUAUCGUAAGUUGUUGUACUUAAAAAACUUGAAAUAUCUUAUGGCUCAUCAACUGUCUUUUUGAGUGAUGAGUCUCUUGUGUACUUUUAACUGUUUCCUUUAAUAAAAAUGACUGAUAAAAGAAACUUUCUUUUUGAGUGAUGAGGUGGGCAUGGUUACCUCAUACCUGUACUCGUGGUUGUUAUUUGGCAUAUCUGAUUUUUCUCUGCGAGUCUUUACUUGACCUGUAUGUCGACAAAUUUAACCAGUGGCGGAGCUAGCGGAAGGGGUUCAUCCGUACCGCUUUUCCCGGGAAUUCACAUGUAUAAGGACAAUUUUUUUUUUAUUGUAUAUAUGGCUAGUAGAUGAUGAGAUGAACCCCCUUGGUGAAAACCAUGCCUUUAACUAGUUUCCUGUUAUGGUGAACCUUGUUCUCUUUGGUAUUGCUGGUGCUUGACUUGCAAUUGGGCUUGAUGCUGUUUGAUAUUUAGUACUAAGUAAUAAUUUACUUCUAGAUUUAACUUCCCCCUUGAUGUGCAUAACAUAUUAACAAGUGUGUUUUCCAUAUCAAGCUAGUUUGCCCUUUUUUUGGAGGAGUUGACCAAAUUAACAAGAAAGUUAACAGCCUCAUUACUUCCUUUUUUUAAGAUGGGAAUGGGGCCGAAUCAUUCCCAUACAUAGCCUUGCCCGCCCAACAUAGUCUCACCUAGCUUAACUUUCUUUCCAACUAGCUUGCUCCACCUCUCCGCCUUUUUAUUAUUUAUCGAAUUAAUAUUGUUUUCUUCUCAUGAUUUACAACUCAACUUCAUUAGUCCUCCCCACAGAGAUCUUCACAUUGUUCUUCAUACCAGCAACCUCUUCGCUUUGAGAAUCCACUAUCUGUAGCAUUAUACGAACCGCUAGAGUAAUCACGACUUGCUAGGGGUUAGAGUGAGGUCUCAAGGUGUAGAAAAGGGUUUAACUAUGCUAACAGAACUCCUAAGGGUUACCUAUGCUUACAUAGCACAUAACAUGCUCCUUCUCCUAACACUUCCCGGUCUUGACCCGCUUCGUAAAGGUCUAAUCGCCGUGACCCGAAAUCUCCUCAAACCAUUCCUCUCAAUCAUACCUUUUUGCCUCUUUUUAUUGAUGGAUAUUUACUGGAAAUACGAGACCCGACCCAUUUGUGAAUCAUCCGAAUCUUGUUCCCCAUCUGAAUACUAACGUCAUCAAAAAUCAAUUAUGAAGUCUCAACGUAACGCGCUUUUAAUCGCGUUUGCAGUUGUUUUUUACUGGCUGUUGUAUUCUGUUACUGGAUUAGUUGUUAAAGUUGAGAUGUUGAAUAAGCGCGUGGAGAAAUUGAAGGCUCAGGAUUGAAUUGAAUGAUUUGUUUGGAGAUUGGAUUGGGUUUUGGGUUAUCCAUAGGAUCGGAUACUUUUGCUGGUAUUGAUAAGGUAUGGGAUACUUUUUGCUGGUAUUUAUAUGGUAUGGGAUAUUUUAGUGAAUUGGGUUUCUCUUGUACUGCUUUGAUCUUUAAUUACGGAGUAAUAAUGGAUUAGCUUGUGUUGAUUUUUGGGAUUUUGAUGAUUGUAUAUUAGGUAGUGUUUGUUUUGGUUUGUUUGUGAA